GACCUGACGACCUGUUCUCUCUGGAACCCUAACAAAUUCCUCGACAUUUCCCCACGAUCGCAUUCUCGAAUCCGAUCUUCUCGAAAACCCUAACCGGAUCUGCAAGCAAAAUGGAAAACAGCAGCAGCAUCACGACGACGACAUCCGCGGGGUCGAAUGUGAGCACCGCCACGUCGCUGGAGAAGCUGGACCAGAUGGCGAAUUGGGUCAGCUCCACCGUCAUCUCCGCGUUUUUCGCCUCCCUCGAGCGCUGCUCCUGCGUCAACCUCUCUACCUCCGACGACGAUGACGACGGAGAAGAGGCCCACCACCGCCCCCUCGCUCUCUCCGCCGCCCCUCACCCGAACGACAUCGUUUAGUUCCGGUAAACGCUGGCGUCCGGUUCCUUCUGGUAAUCGGUGGUAUGGCUUCAUAGUUUCUUUGUGAUCUCGAAAUUUGUGUGGUAUAUAGCGCUUAAAGAAAUUUCUGAACUUUGAUCGUGUAUUCCAAACUGGGAAUUUGAUUUUCCUUUUGUUUUUCUUGGAACCCUUGUGUUUGCGUCUAUGGUAAUACUUCCAUUUUGAAUGGAUUCUGAUGUUUGUUGUUUCUGUUACGUGAAUUUGGUGACUGGCAACACGAGAAGCAACAUGUAAAUUUAUAUUUGCUUAAUUUGGAAUUUGAUUUGUGCAUUGAGUUA